UUAAAAGCCAGCAGAAAGGAGAGGCGGACGGCAUCAUAUAAGUUUAAGUCAGACCUGGCAAGGGCUCGGACCCAAAUUCAAACCGUUUCUCUCUGCCCUUUAACCAGACCAAAACUGGAGCGAUAGUUAGUCCGAUUAAAAUGGCAGCGAGAACGGAUGCUACUCUGCUAACGGUUGUCCAAUUGAAUUAUUCGAAAAGCGAUGGUAGCAAUGAGAAAAAGGGCAGCGAUGGUCUUCCAUUGCCAAUAGUACGGACUCCUAAGAACACUUCUUUGCCGCGCCUUUCUCUCACCAAGCCCUCUUGGGUGGUCCGAACUGAGCAGUCAAAUGUCCGGAAAGAAAUUAGGAAGAAGCCUGAUCCUCCAUGUGUGGUUUGUAAGGGAACUGGAAGAGUUGAUUGCCACCAUUGUUCUGGAAAGGGCAGGACAAAUUGUGUUAAUUUAGCAAUGCUUCCCAAAGGGGAAUGGCCAAAAUGGUGUGGGACUUGUGGUGGCAGCGGCCUUGGCUAUUGCUCCCGUUGCCUAGGCACAGGAGAGUAUAGAUAUAUAAUGGGCUUCCAUUUCAUGAAGACAGACCUCGAUGACAACAAGGGACCUCGAAGUGCAGUUGAUCAACUUCAUAGUGGAGAUCAAUUGAAUUCAAACCAGGCAGAUAAAAAUUCAGUGAAUACUUCUAUUGGAUACAAAACAACUUUUCAUUUUGCAACUAGAAUAUGAUUACUCUGAAAGACAGGCAGACAGCUACUGCUUCUGUUGAUUGUACCAAACGCUAACUGUUGUAACAUUGUAAACAUGUCAAGAAAGUUUUGCAUACUUGACACUUGUAACAUUGACAUAUCAUUUUUAUGGUACAGUUAUAAUGUUUUGGCUAUUUGAUCUGGAUAACAUUCUCCGAGUUAGAAUGCUAGGCAGUUGUUAUCAUGACAACUAAAUGUGGAUGAAUGUUUUCAUGCAGUGAGAUUCAACAAGCUCAGAAAUUCUUCAUGGAGUCUAAUGAGCCCAGUGAUACAAGAAAUAUAUGUAUCAAUGCUCUAACUUAAAGAACUUGCUUAUAUGGAAUAUUUUUAUAUGAUAUUAUUGUACCAUUUUCUCACCUCAUGUGCAUGUAUAUCAUUUUGCUUUUUGUUCUGAUGCUCUCUCUCUCUCUCUCUCUCUCUCUCUCUCUCUCUCUCUCUUUUUGAGUUUUAUUUCUGUGGACUUCUUAAACAAGAUAUUUAAUUAUUGUUGUCAUUUGUUUUGAGAUAUACCCUAUGGGUCAGUGAAGAAAUAUUAUCGGUCUGGUCUGUUUAUCUAUGGCAUGAUUCUGUGCUCAAUUUGAUGAUACGUGCAAUCUUCUUAAUUCCUCAGCUAGUUAGUGAGGAUUAAUGACAAUAACUUUGGUCUCACAUUUCUUUUUCACUAAUCUUUAGCCUUUAUGCUCAAACAGCCUGAAUUGUUAUAUGGACAGAAUUUUCAACAAGUUCUGCUCAAACAGCCUGAAUUGUUAUAUGGACAGAAUUUUCAACAAGUUCUCAGUGACAAAUAACAUACUUUUUGUUUUUCUGGACAGAUGGAUUCCAAUUUGCAGGGAAAGCUGUGUACACUGCAGUGUGGUUAGCUGCUGUGUCGCUUUUCAUGGAGUUGCUGGGUUUCUCUAACCAGAACUGGCUCACUGCUGGGGCUCUUGGGACAGUUUUGCUGAUCCUUGCUGGCUGUGAGGCACUACUGAGUUUUCAUUGUAAUAGAAUUUUCACAAUUUUCUUUUUCUGGAUCUUAUGUUAAUUUUCUUGCAAUAUAACACUGCUAUUGAUCAUUGUUUUAGAUAUUCACAAAUUUCCUUAGUCUCUAGUGCAAUGAUUCAUGCAACUCGGCCCUUUGUUGUGAAUGAGUGGAUUCAAACAAAGAUGGAAGGCUAUGAAUUUUCUGGUACUGUUGAGAUUUGUAUUCAAAAACAGAUCCCUCUGAAGUUUGGGAAGCUCCAAAUGGAAAGAAAUUUUAUGUAUAUGUGACAUGUGAUGGCUUCAAAUUUGUAGAUCCAUAAAAUCGUGUGUUCUAUAUUUCUAUGACUAUGAAAUGAUAUUUAAUGGAAUGAAAUCAAUUUGUUCUGGAAGGCUGAUAAAACGAUCAAGUAGGAGAUUUUUUUUCAUUGAAAUUGGUAGAAUGCUCAAAGAAAACCUUUUCUCAUAUGUAUGUCAUUCUUUUGUAUCAUCUGCAGCAUCUGGGUUUGUGGUCGCCAACAAUUGUAAGAGGUGAAGAUCAUUAAGCAGUUCAUAUUCCAAACCUCAAGUUCACAGUGAAUGAUGUGAGCAGUCAAAAAUCUCAAUAGCAUAUUAAAACCGACCUGGACAUUAGUCACUUGGACAUCCAUAAGACUAAUAAUAUCGUUGCUCAUAUGUCUAAAGUCUUGGCUAAGAAUCCUCAAGUUGAGCAGUGGAGGUUGCAUAGAAGAGUGUUUUUGGAUAAUAUCAAUCCUGAAAACCAGGCUCUUCUGGUUAGUGCUUCUUCUUACAACGGGAUAGUUCCUUAUCUCAUCUCUUACUCUAUUUGUGUCCCAUUGCAGAUAGUAAGAGGUUUAUUUUGCCAGUAUAUAUAAAACAUCCAUUACCCGAACUAAAUUUUAUUUCUAAAACACCUAAGUAAAGGAAAGUUGACGACUUGAUAAAUUUCAUUGUGUGUGCAUGUGAUUUUAGAACAAGGAAAAAACCAAGAUUAAGAGAAACAAGUUCUCUAAAACUCUUCUCAAUUCUCAAUAUUAAUCGUAAUAAUCAAAGCUAAGAAAAAUACCCAAAUUUCUUAGGUAUUUAUAGACAAACAAUCCUGCUACUAUUAUACCUAAGAAACCGUUGUCAAAUACUAAUUAGAAAUCCUGAACAAAGCAAACUAGAAAAAUAAUAAUAAACCUAAUAGAAUAAUAAAUCUAAUAAUAAUAGAAUUGCUAAAAAAACUCUUAAACUUUCUAAUUCUACAAUGACUAUAAUUUCUAAACUUCCAAUACUUUAUCAAUAGGCCUUUAUUACACUUUUGAAAAAUAUUGUGUACUUGUUAAAGGAAGUAUCUUUGAGGAAUAUUGGGAUCUUUCCAGUUUAAUAAAUUGUCAUAGUAAUUUUAAAUUUUCUUUUCGUUUUUUUACAAGUGUAGUAAUAUUGCCAUUUUUCAUACCAUAUUAUCUUGAUUUUACAAGAUAACAUUAAUCCAUUUCCAAAAAGAUGUGUCUAGUUUGGCUUUUUUUUUUUUUUUUCCCCAACUUAAAAAAGGAAAUUUGAAUGUGUUUGGUCAUCAAAAUUUUGAUGUUUAAAGGUUCUCUCUUCUAUUUGCAUUGGCACCCUGUGAUUUUGAAAAGUGCCAUUUUUCCUUUUUUCUUUUUUUUUAUGGUAUUAGGUUCUAUGUGUCUAAGAAAAGCUGACAUGCAACAUACUCAUGCAUCAAGAGAAUAUCUUCACAGGCCAAUUUCAAUCCGUUAAUUUCAUUUUUGCUUAGUUUUCAGAUGGGAAAAAAAAAACUCUACUCUCUCAUUUAAGCUCAACUUGAGCAGAUUCAAAUGGUUUAAAAUAGAUUCUAUUAGGAGGCAAUCUGGGAUACAUUGCACGCAUGCAAAAUAUUAACUUGGAUGAAACAUUCUAAUGGACGUAUUACAAGACAUUUGGCAAACAAAAACAGUAGAUGACAUGCAAACUUGCCCUUAAUUUCAAGGGGUUUUCUGCAAUUUCCCCUUUUUUACAAAAGAUUUUAGACAUUUGCAUUAAAGUAAUUUCUUGUACAAUGAUAUUUGUCUUGAGCUACCAGAGGAAUGCAGAGGUUGGAGUACUGGGAGCAUUUACUGAACAGAAUGUUAGAAUUAUAUCUUUUUCCCUUCUCAUUAGUGGCAUCUGUAACCCCUGUUGUGUGAGGAUACCACAUAAUUAUUGUUUUGUUCAUUUUUUUUUUUUCACAUGUGAAAUAUAAACAUCUAAAACAUAAAUAUAUUUAUUUCAUACAAUGCUUAGUUUUACAUCACUGCAUCCAUUUUGAAAGUAGCUGCAUGCCAUAAAUUCCCAAACUAAAUAAAUGACUUAUUCAAGGAAAAUAACAUCCCACUUUUAAAUAAAAAUUAUGGAAAUUUCUUUCAAAUAAAUACUAGGACACCUUCAAUUAUAACAAAAUCUUCUUAGCAAGUCAAACUCAGGUAUGUCUAUACCCAGUUUGUUUGCAUGCCCAUUAUCCUUCUUUUAUACGGCUGUGUGCUAAAAAGCUGACAAGAAAUUGUAUAUAAAUGUGUAUUACAUUUGUGGUGUUCGCAGAUUUUUUUUUUUUUUUAUCCUGUUUUGUGAAGACCUUACGUUAUGAAGAAUAUCUGUGUGUUAAGGUAAUAAUAUUAUUUAUAGCAUUGUCGUUUCUUUUUGCUAUGACCAUCUUUACUAUUAUGAAUUUAGUCCCCCUAGUAUGAUUUGACCGUGUAUAGAUGCAUCAUAAAAUAUCAGCAGUGCCCAGUGCAACGAGUCAAUCUUCAUGCUUUUUUUUCGGUCUCACCAGUCAAAUGUGAUGGUCUAUGAAAUUGCAGCAUAUAUAAGUUUCUCAUGUUUGAGGGUUUAUUUUAGGUUGAAUGCAUGAUGAAACGGGAAGCUGUACUGAUGGACCUUCUAAGAGUCAUCUGCCAUCACUGAGCUAGACUUGCCACGCCAAUUUGAACUGUUCUGAAUAUAUAUAGAAGCUGAUUUGAAAAAUGUUCCAUUUGCAGAUUCUAUCUAUAAACGCGGUGGAAUGGCAUCCAACCAUCCUUUGCUACUAAUUGAACCUUCUUACAGAAUCAAUGUUGAAGAUAAAGCAAAAUCUCAAGCUCAUUCUGGACGAGGAGUUGGAGACCAAGAAAAUAAGGCUGCAUCAAGGUCUACAUCUGACAUCAAAACGGGAGGUAGCCCAAGUCAGACCCCAAGGCCAAAGAAACACCUAAAUCUGAAACUAAGGUGUAUGCCAGAAUUGGUGACACCAAAUUCCAAUGCGAAGGACCACACACAUGCUGCAACAGCAUCAACCUCUGAUAUCAGGGUAGUUUAUAGAAUGCCAGUGAAAUCAUCACCUAAUUCUGUUCCCAAGAUGCCAAACUUUGCAGAAGCAUCAAAUUCUGAAUCCAAAGCAGCAGGCUCAGUUUCCAAUAACGUGUACAAAACAAAAAGAUGUCUGACAGCAAGCAGCCUGAGACUGAGUCCUGGGACUACAAGAGCCAGUUUGAUAAUCCUUCAGUUUCUUUAACAGAAGCUGGUACUGAGAAAGCAAGUGGAGUGCAGCCAUCUUCCCAAUUGAAACAGGGAGCUGAGAGAAUCAAUCACUCAGCCGUCAGUGUCAUGACCUGCAUUAGAGGAAAAUCUUCUUCUCGGUGUUGCUUUGCAGGGCUCAAAGAGAACCAUUCCCAUCCCAUUCAACUCCAGAAGAGGCAAUGGAAAUGGCUGCUGCGGGCAGAAAUGGAACUGUAUAUCUCCAACUGGUGAGAAGGAUGGGAAAGAUGAUCAAAGUCCAUCCCCGCCUAGUUCUACAUCCGCCGACCAGUGAAAAUUAUAUGAAUUGAUCUUUGCCGAUAUACUCACAUUCACACCUAGAGCGGCUCAUGUUAAUGGAUACUUAAAAGCCCAAAAUGGAGGGGAUGUUAGGCGCUUAUUAUGAUGUAUUUCACAGUACAAUAUUUCUGGGCAUUAUUGUAUUUUGAAUACCAGGGAUGCCGGCUAUACAUAGGUACCCUUAACAUGAUGUAUUGCUGACAAUUUUCUCAAAGUAGACUGUCGCGGCUGGAUUACAACGUGAA